ACCAGAGUAGGCUUAAUUGAGCAAAGAAUUACCCCCCUUCCCGCGACGACAAUCCGUCAGCCAUACACCUAACCGAUUCGGUAAACGCACACACAGAGCAGAGAGGAGGCUUCAACCCGGAGGCAGGCUAUUAAAGCCGCUGCAGCUCGCCCGCCAUGUGUCUCUCUUUCUGGCGCCGUAGGACCGCCCCGAGCGACGAAAAGACACAGAAGAAGCGAACCCUCACGAUGCCGCUAUGGUCCUCCUCCAACAAGACCUCCGCCAACACCCUCAAGAAGAUGGUUGGCCUCACCACCCUCCUGGCACCUACACGAGACGGCUUUCACUUCCCGCCCGCCUCCCGACCGAUGCCCAUGAUCAACAUCACAAACGUCGACGGCGCCACCGACCCUUCAUCCUCGUCAUCCGCCGACUCGGACCCCAAGGAGGCGGUCGUUUCGCCUAGUCCCGACGAGAUCCUGCUCAGCCAGGCCAGCCGCGACCGUUUCGAAAAGAUAUUCAACGACCUACGCUCCCGUCGCUCUUCAUUGUCCCGCGAGCCUUUUGUUACCCGCGACCAACUGCUCGUAUUCCUCGAGAAUACCCAGGGCGAGACCGAUGUCGAGGCUGUAUUGCCUGAGAGUCAGCAACGAUACAACUAUGGCGAAUUCCUGGAACUGUGGUGGAGAAAUUACGGCUGGGAUGCCACCCGUCCAAUAAAGGAAGAGGACAAGGACUUGAGCCGGCCCAUCACAAAUUACUUCAUCAGUAGCAGUCACAACACAUACCUGGAGGGCAACCAGCUUGCCUCCAGGAGUUCACCUGAGGCUUACAAAACGGUUCUUCGCCGUGGAUGUCGAUGUAUCGAAAUCGACAUCUGGAACGGAGACACCCCUAUCACGACACAGGAGGGCAGCCGCUCUCCCAAACCUGACCACUCGAGGAAUCUCUCUGGAUCAUCCCUUCCCAACGUGGCUGCGAGCGUCAAGGAGACGGUAGAAGAUCUCCUAGUCGAACGCAGCACGAACGGCAAUGGCCACAACAGAAACACCAGCAGUGCCAGCAAGUCCCUGAAUCCCCGCGAUAGCGCCACUCUACUGGGACCGAGCGAGUCCACCGAGUCUCUCGGCAAGACUCUACGCCCCUCGUCUCCGACUCCCUCUAUGAAGAAUCGCCUGUCGUAUCCCAAAGAUGAACCCAUUGUCACUCACGGCUGGACUCUGACAACUCCCUGCGGCUUCAGAGAGGUCUGCAAGGCCGUCCGCGAGUCCGCUUUCGAGACGAAUGAGCUACCCCUGAUUGUCAGUCUCGAGGUCCAUGCCGACAAGGAGCAGCAGGAGGUGAUGGUCAGAAUCAUGAAAGAGGAAUGGGAAGGCAUGUUGAUUGACAAGUCGUGGGAGGGCAUUGAUCCCCGUUUCCGCCUGCCCAAGCUUGAGGAACUGAAGCGCAAGAUCCUCGUCAAGGUCAAGAAGGCACCGAAACAGGAGACGCCGAAACCGCCCUCUACACCUAAAUUCGAUGCCCCGGCCAAGGUCCAUAGUGGAAACGAGCCGCCCAAGAGCACAAAGGUAGCCAUUUGCCAGGCACUCAGCAGUCUGGCCAUCUACACCCACAGCGAGCACUUCAAGAGCUUUGAGACGCCGGCGGCUAAGAAACCGAGUCACAUCUUUUCGAUAAGUGAGAACAGGAUCCUGGAACUGCACACGACCAAGGCCCGCGAGAUGUUCACCCACAACAAAAACUUCUUCAUGCGAGCGUUCCCCAAUGGCUCGCGCGUCGACAGCUCCAACCCCGAUCCCAGUCUCUUCUGGCGCAAGGGCGUGCAGAUGGUUGCUCUGAAUUGGCAAUAUCUCGACGAAGGAAUGAUGCUCAAUGAGGGCAUGUUCGCGGACGAGCUGGGAUGGGUCCUCAAGCCCAUUGGAUACCGGAGCUCUGACAAGGACACGCUGACAGAGGUCGAUGCCGCGCCGCAGGGCGAUUUGGAGCUCACUGUCACCAUCAUUGCUGGCCAGCACAUCUUUGUCGACGACGAUUCUGCCAGCGACAGCAGCCGCGGCAAGCGCCUCCGACCAUUUGUCAAGUGCGAGUUUCACGUCGAGAUUGGCGCGCAGAACGGAAAGGCUGCCGACGAAGACGACUUCAAGCUCAAGACGGGAUCGAAAAAGACUGAUCACCCUGAUUGGGAAAAUGGGGCACGACUCAAGUUCCCCAAGAUCUCGAGGGUGGUGGAAGAGUUGAGUUUCCUCAGAUUCAAGAUUGAGGAUGACCCACUCCUCGGCGGCGACGAGCUUCUAUCGUGGGCAUGUAUCCGCCUCGACCGUCUCCGUCCCGGCUUCCGCUUCAUCAGGCUCAUGGACACCAAGAACAGACCGAUUGAAGGUGGCAAGCUGCUCGUAAAGAUCGACAAGGUGGUGCGGUAGAGCCCCGUUGUCCCGUCCCGUCCGUCCGUCGUAUACCGUACCCGGCCUAUGGGCAGAAGCGAAAAAGCUGUGACGCGCGCGAUGUGGCAGACAUACUAG